AUGGUAUCACGAAAUAUAUCAAAUUUUCUAUUAGCUUUAAUUAUUUCAAACACAUUUUCAUUACAUAAUUGUCAAUUGUUGGAAAUUUUUGGCUUAUCAACUGGAGAUGCAGGAACUGUUGAUCGACAACCAUUUCAUGAUCUAGCCAGGUUUGUCUUGUUUUGUCCUAUUUAUUUUUAUUCAUUUCAAAUCUGAUCUCUGAUUUUUCAGUCAAUCUGUUGGACUCAUCAAUUAUUUACAAACUGUGCAGAAAAAUCCAAACAAUAAUUUGGCCAAAAAGUAAGCUGUGUGAAAAACACCCAUAAAAACUGGAAAUAUUUGCAUAAUACGAAUUUAUUUUUCGAAAAUUUUGUUUUGAGAUUAAAAAUCAGGAAAAAUUUUGAGUACAGUGUCAGUUUGAGGAAAAUUGUCAUGUGACAGAAUAUGUUGAUUUUUAGAGAGAGAAAAAUGAUUCGAACGACUUUGCGAAAUUUUGGGGGUUUUUAUUCAGAGAAUUUCAGAAUGAUAAUUGAAAAAAAAAAAAAGUAAUUGAACCAAAAAUUCUAAUUUUUAUGGAGAUUCAACGAUAUUUUAUGAAAAAUAUUUAAAAAAAAACACAAUUUUACACUGCAUUAAUUUUUGAAUCCAAAAAUCCACGAUGCAAAAUUUUUGAAUUAUUCUCAUCCUAUUCUUUCAGAUUAAAAGAGCCAUUGCCAGCUGUGAAUCUCAUUGAAGGACUUCCAGUUAUCCCGGGAGUUGUUGGAAGUCUUCCAGGAGCUGGUUCCUGUCUUCCACGCGGAUCGCCAUUGGUCAAAGACAAGUGAGAUUUCAAUGAUUUUUCGGAAUUCAAUGAUAUUUUUCAAGGUCGCCCAGCUUUUUCCAAAAUAUUUUGCGCAACAUCCCAGGCGCACAGGAUUAUCUAGCCAGUUUGUUGCCAGCACCGAAAGUUGAUGUCAAAUCAUUAUAUGGCAAAUUUCAAUGGGUGAGAGAAAUUUGUUUCUUUGAAAUCAAUUUUUUCUUAUCAUAAUUUGAAAUUCAGGCUUUGGAUACACCAUCUGUACAUAAUCGUUAUUGCGCAAUCACUGAAUGUGAGUCGUUUGUUUUGUUUUUCGCAUAUUUAUCAUGAUAAGAAAAUAGAAAUAGAAAAAAUAAUAUUAGAUUGAUAAGCUGGAUUCUAUAUAGGAGGGAAAUGGAAAACGCAACAUUAUUAUAUCAUUUUGUGAUUAGAAUUAGGGUUGGAUGUGAGAAAAAAGAAUAGAAAGUGAGAUAAAUUGAUGGUCAGAAAGGAGAAAGUAUUUAGGAUAAGAUAGGAAGGAAAUGAGGUAAAAACGUGUUUUGAUGGUCAAAUCAGUUCAGAUUAUCAAUCUAGCUUCCAGGGGGUCUGAACUGUUUAGACAACAAGGAAUGAAGUGAAUAAAUAACUAUAUUUUUGAGAAGGUUUGAAACGUUUGUUGAAAUUUUCGGUACAACAUUACAUAAAAAUUAAUUUCAAAAACAUUUCCUAACAACUCUUUUUUUAUCAAAUUUUUUCAUAAAAAAAGAGAGUUCCAAUUUUGAAAAAUAAAAUGUCAAAAAACCUUUUCCGUUUUCAGUCAUGCCUCAAGCCGAAUCUGGUAACUCCUCUGCUUUCAGUCUUCAAGAAAAAUUCCGUGCUGGAAGUGUUGAUGCUGGUGAAAAGGUUGCAUUUGGCUAUGGUUUGAUUCAUAAAGAACGAACUUAUGUUUAUAUGCAAGAUGAUCCAUGUCCAUGUAAGUUUGAUUUUAAUUCAUGUUCUUAUAUCUUGAAAAUUCAAUCUUGAAAUUAUAUUAUUCAGAUCAAAUUGUUCUUGUUGGACCAAUUGAUAAAAAAUCCAAACAAUAUGAAUAUGUUAUUUUAUCAAAUUGGGCCAAAUUCCCAUUGAUUGGGUUGGUUCGUGACAUAAAAACUUUCUAUAAGUUAUAUCAAGAAAAGCUUGAAGAUGAUUUGGAUAAGGCUGGCUUUAUGAACGAUAUGACUGGGUAAGCUUUUGAAAUUUUGGGGAAAAAUUUCAAUUAUCUGAAAUCCUUUUCCAGAAGUGCAACAAUUCAUUAUGCUGAUUGGUCAAAAUGCCGAAAAGCAACCCCAAUAAAUUAUAUUCAAAAUGUUCUAACUGAUCUCUUCGGGUAA